AUGGCUCCCUCAUCACAGUUUUAUCUACGUAAGCGGGAGUUGUCCAGCAUUGCCCGUGUCCCUCCAUUGCUACGAUUAAUGUUUCUGCCCGUGGGCCUCAUUAGCGCUCUCAUCCCUAGGGAGAUUGGGAAGCGAGCGAGCGAGGAGCGAAAGCCAGAGGAGGAUGAGGGGGAGGAAGUGGAGAUGGUGGAAGAGAAAGGAGAGGAAAGAAAGACCAGCACAGAAGCAGCAGGACCAGCACAGCAGCAGAAGCAGGACCAGCACAUCAGCAGCAGCAGGACCAGCACCAGCAGAAGCACCAGCAGCACCAGCACAGCAGCAGAAACAGGAACAGUAAAGCAGCAUCAACAGCAGCAGAACCAGCAUUACAGCAACAGAUGCAGCAGGACCAACACAGCAGCAGCACCAGGACUAGCACAGCAGCAGCAGAAUAAACACAGAAUCAGAAACAGGAUCAGCACAGAAGCAACAGCAGCAGCAGUAGCAGCAGCAGGACCAACACAACAGCAGCAGCAGGACCACAGCAGCAGGACCAACACAGCAACACCACCACAAAGACCAACACAGCAGCUGCAGGACAAGCACAGCAGCAUGAGCAGAAGGACCAGCACAUUAGCAGCAGGAGGACCAGCACCGCAGCAGCAGGCCCAGCACAGCAGCAGCAGCAGCAGCAUGACCAACACAGCAGUAACAGCAGAACCACCACAGCAGAAGCACAGCAGUAGCAGGACCAGUACAGCAACAGCAGAACCAGCACACCACAACAGCAGGACCACCACAGCAGCAGAAGAACAAGCACAGCAGCAGCAAAAGCACCGGCACACCAGAAAAAGCGAGACCAGAACAGCAGCAACAGCAGGACCAACACAGCAGCAGCAGCAGCAGCAGGACCAGCACAGCAGUAGCAGCAGGAACAGCACAACAGCAACAGGAGUAGGACCAGUACAGCAGCAACAAAAAGACCAUAACAGCAGCAACAGCAGGACCACCACAGCAGAAGCAGAAACAGGAGCAGCACAGCAACAGCAGCAUUACCAGCACAGGAGCAGAAGCAGCAGCAGAAUGACCACAGCAGCAAAAGCAGCAGCAGGACCAGCACAAAAGCAGCAGAAAUACCAGCACAGCAGAAGCAAGAUCAGCACAGCAGCAGAAGCAACAGCAGGACCAGCACAGCAGCAGGAGGACCAGCACAGCAGCAGCAGCAGGACCAGCACAGCAGCAGCAACAGGACCAGCACAGCAGCAACAACAGGACCAGUAUAGCAGCAGAAGCAGCAGCAGCAGCAGGACCAGCAUAGCAGCAGCAACAGGACCACAGCAGCAACAGGACCAGUACAGUAACAGAAGCAGCAGGAGCAGGACCAGCACAGCAUCAGCAGUAGGAACAGCACAGCAGCAGCAACAGGACCAAUACAGCAGCAGAAGCAGCAGGAGCAGGAUCAGCACAGCAGCAGCAGUAGGACCAGCACAGCAGCACCAGAACCACGAGCAGCACAGCAGCAGCAGCUGCUACAGCAGCAGUACCAGCACAGCAGCAAAAAGCAGCAGUAGGACCAGCACAGAAGCAAAAGCAGCAGUAGGACCAGCACAGCAGAAGCACGACCAGCGCAGCAGCAGCAGGAUCAGCACAGCAGCAGCAGCAGCAGGACCACCACAGCAACAGCAGGAUCAGCACAGCAGCAGCAACAGUAGCAGGACCAGAAUAUCAGCAUCACCUGGACCUGCACAGCAGCAGCAACAGUAG